CCGGCUUAUAACAUCCCUCACUAUUCAUUUAGAGUGAGAGUCAUUAACCUGCGCUGCUACUUUUUGAGAAACUUUGUGUUGAAUAGCCUAUAUAAUGAGUUCCAGGAUGGAUAACAAGUCUUACUUGGUUCAGAUGAAUGGGAAUGGAGUCCACGGCAAAACCACUGUCAAUGGCAGAAGCCUAAAUGGGAGCGCAGUCAAUGGGAAGGGAGUGCAUGGGAACGGCAUCCAUCACGUCAGUGUGAAUGGCAGUUUGUAUCCGGCCAAAGCCAAGAGCCGCAGGCAGAGAUGGGAAGUGAAGCCCUCAGAGAUGGCCAACAACACCCUCAAUCCCAUCAGGGCCAUUGUUGAUGGGAUGAAGCUCACCCCGAACCCAGAUAAACCCAUGAUCGCUCUUUCCAUAGGGGAUCCCACUGUGUUUGGAAACCUGCCUACAGAUAAUACAGUGCUUCAGGCCAUGAAAGAUGCCAUAGACUCUCAAAAAUACAACGGUUAUGCUCCUUCUGUUGGUUAUUUGAAGAGCAGAAAAGCAGUGGCCAACUUCUACAGCUGCCCUGAGGCCCCACUGGAGGCAGAGGAUGUGAUUUUGACCAGUGGCUGCAGUCAGGCCAUUGACCUGGCUAUCAGUGUCCUGUGCAACCCAGGGGACAACAUCCUGGUCCCAUGCCCAGGUUUCUCCUUAUAUAAGACUCUGGCUGUUUCUAUGGGCAUCGAGGUCAAACUGUACAACCUGCUGCCAGAGAAGUCCUGGGAGAUUGACCUGCAACACAUGGAGAGCCUGAUUGAUGAGAGGACUUCCUGUCUGAUUAUUACCAAUCCCUCCAACCCAUGUGGCUCCGUCUUCACCAAGGAACACCUACAGAAGAUCCUCAAAGUUGCCUCCAGACAUUGUGUUCCUAUCCUGGCUGAUGAAAUCUACAGCGACAUGGUUUUCCAGGGUUGCAGUUGUCCUUCCAUGGCAUCUCUCAGCAGUGACGUUCCUAUCCUUUCCUGCGGUGGCUUGGCUAAACGCUGGCUGGUUCCUGGCUGGAGGAUGGGAUGGAUCCUUAUCCAUGACAGGAAUGACAUAUUUGGAUCUGAGAUUCGACAGGGUCUGGUGAAACUGAGCCAACGUAUUCUGGGAGCCUGCAGCAUCGUGCAGGGUGCACUGGAGAGCAUCCUCAACAACACACCUCAAAGCUUCUACAACAACACCAUCAGCUUUCUCAAGUCCAACUCAGAGAUUUGUUUCAAUGAACUGUCCACCAUCCCCGGCCUGAACCCCAUCAUGCCUUCAGGAGCCAUGUACCUCAUGGUGGGAAUUGACAUGGAUCACUUCCCAGACUUUAAAAAUGAUGUUGACUUUACUGAACGGCUGGUGACCGAGCAGUCUGUCUUCUGUCUGCCUGCCACGGCAUUUGAGUAUCCCAACUACUUCCGCAUUGUGGUGACGGUGCCGGAGGAGAUGAUGGUGGAGGCUUGUGGUCGGAUCAGGGAGUUCUGCCAACGCCACUAUCGGCCCCGCAGCCGUGACAGCAAUGAUCUGGACCAGUGAUGCACCAGAGCUGAACCAGUCUGAUGGAGUGGGCACUGUGGAGACCAAAGAACUGUCCCUUAGUCACACAUACUGAGCUGGAAUCUGCUUUGAAAUUUUAUUCCAGCAAGAUUUGACAUAAGAGACGUACAAAUCUGACGGCGAAGCUGUGUUAAUAUUGUCAUCACUGUGGCAACAAAGCUUGUUAGCAACAUAUCUGAAGGUCCGUUGAUGGUGUAAUUUUUGAUGUAAACCAUAUGAAAUGAGCAGACCUAAUAUUUAUAUUUUAUACAGGCAACUUAUAUUAACCUCUACUUGUUUUUGUAUAUUUAUAUAAUUUGUGUGACGCUUUUUAUGGCUAUGUAAUGUAACCUCUUAUCAACUGCAGGAUCAUAGAGAGUGCAUAGUGUACACACAUGGCAUUUUAUCAUAAAACAGGAGAUACUUUAUGCCUGUUAUGUGCAUUGUGAUCCACAAUCAGGGGAAGUGAGUAUAUAUUGGAAUAUCCAUUUUUAUAAAUGUUAUGUAUUGAUUAUCCUCUGUAUACUUUGCUUGUGCUAGAAAACGCCUCUAAAUGCAGUGUCACUACAUGGGCAUGCUCUUUAUCAAAGUCUUCUCUGUAUAUUGUUUGUGUGUUAAUUGUGUAUCAUAUUGAAUCACACUGAACACAUACAUACAUACAUACAUACAUACACAC